ACCAUAGAUGCGCGAAAUGUAUUGUGCGUAAGGGACAACACCUUGUAUUCUGGUGCCAGAGAGAUUGUUGCAAAGCCUCUUAAAAGCUACCAAUCCACGUGGGUGAGCCCCAAGUUUUGAACCAGUACCCCACAUUGAUCGUCUCUUUCCUAUAAGCAGCUCUGGGCAUCUCCAAGGUGGCGCCCUAUUGCAGUCCCUCCAAAAAAUGCAGGCCUCAGGCUGCUUCCUGUUGCUCUCUCUUCUCCUCUCGUCUCCCUUGUCAUCAUUCUCCUUGGCUCUAUCUGAUGAGGAAGCCUCUCUUAUUGCUCAUCGCCAACUCUUAGCCAUUCCUAAAGAUGGUGACUUGCCCAAUGACUUUGAAUAUGAGGUAGAUCUUGUAGUAGCCUUUGCCAACGCUAGGCUGCGGCAAGCCUACAUUGCACUCCAAGCUUGGAAACAUGCUAUGUACUCUGACCCAUUUAACACCACCUCCAACUGGGAAGGGGCCAAUGUUUGUGCUUACAAGGGCGUUUUCUGUGCACCAGCACUUGAUAACCCGAAAUUGAGUGUGGUCGCUGGUGUGGAUCUUAACCAUGCUGACAUUGCAGGGUAUCUCCCAGUGGAGUUGGGUUUGAUGACUGAUCUUGCUCUUUUCCACAUUAAUUCCAACCGGUUCUGCGGGAUCAUUCCCAAGAGUUUCUCUAGGCUUACAAUUCUCCACGAGCUUGAUGUUAGUAACAAUCGGUUUGUGGGUCCUUUUCCAACAGUGGUUCUAUCAAUUCCUGCUCUCAGGUACCUUGAUCUCAGGUAUAAUGAAUUUGAAGGGGAAUUGCCUCCUGAACUCUUCGAUGAGGAUCUUGAUGCGUUGUUUGUGAACCAUAACCGGUUCACAUCCAAUAUUCCUGAAACUCUGGGCCACUCUCGGGCCUCCGUUAUUGUGUUUGCCGGCAACAAAUUUACAGGCUGCAUUCCACGCAGCAUUGGGCAGAUGGGGAACACUCUGAAUGAGAUUAUAUUUGCAAGCAAUGAUAUGUCGGGAUGCCUCCCAACUGAGAUUGGAAUGCUGCGAAAUUUAACAGUUUUUGAUGCGGCAUCGAACUCAUUUACGGGCAUAUUGCCGAAAAGCUUUAAUGGGCUUAAACAAAUUGAGCAUUUGAAUGUUGCCCAUAACACGCUGACAGGAUUUGUGUCAGAUAGCAUAUGCAACUUGUCUAGCUUGUCCACUUUCACAUUCUCCUACAACUACUUCAAAGGUGAAGCCAAAGCAUGCGAACCGCCUUCCAGGACAGACAUCACGCUGGAUGAUACAAGCAACUGUUUACCAGACCGCCCAAAACAGAAGUCCGCAGCAACUUGCAAUCCGGUGGUUAGCCGGCCAGUUGAUUGUAGCAAGGCCAAGUGUGGGGGUGGUGCAUCAACACCCUCUCCCUCUCCAUCAAGUCCUCCAGGCGACAAGGCCUCACCCCCACCACACACUACGCCUUCUACCACUCCAAAACCAUCUCCCACGCCAUCUCCAAAGUCAACACCAUCGCCUUCAAAGCCAUCUCCCACACCAUCUCCACCAAAACCCUCACCCUCACCCUCACCUCCAAAGUCAACUCCCGCACCAUUUCCACCCUCACCAUCACCCCCAAAACCAUCUCCAGCGCCAUCUCCAAAAUCAUCACAGACUCCAUCUCCAAAACCCUCGCCUUCGCCACCAAAGCCAUCUCCAGCACCGUCUCCAAAAUCAUCCCCGUCACCGCCAAAGCCCUCACCGUCUCCAAACUCAUCCCCAUCACCCCCAAAACCAUCACCGUCACCACCAAAACCAUCACCGUCACCGCCAAAACCCUCACCGUCUCCAAACUCAUCCCCAUCACCCCCAAAACCAUCACCGGCACCACCAAAACCAUCACCGUCACCGCCAAAACCCUCACCGUCUCCAAACUCAUCCCCAUCACCCCCAAAACCAUCACCGUCACCACCAAAACCAUCACCAUCUCCAAAAUCAUCACCAUCACCUCAAACACCAUCUCCGAAAUCAUCUCCAUCACCCACUCCAAAAGCAUCCCCAUCUCCAUCUCCAAAAUCUUCGCCGUCACCACCAAAACCGCCUUCUCCUGCUGCAAACCCUCCUAAACAACCUUUUGCACCGACUGAAGCACCAGGGCCAUCCCCCGAUCCCAAUGCUCAAUCUCCAGUUCCAAUGAGGCGUCCCCCUCCAAGAUCUUGGCACUCCCCUCCACCUCCACUCCACUCUCCACCCCCACCACCCCUCCACUCCCCUCCACCUCCACUCCACUCUCCACCACCACCACCCCUCCACUCCCCUCCACCUCCACUCCACUCUCCACCACCACCAAAUCUCCAAUCCCCUCCACCGCCACUCCAAUCUCCACCACCACCGCCCUUCCACUCCCCUCCACCUCCACUCCGCUCCCCCCCACCACCAGUUUUCUCACCUCCACCACCCGUCCACUCCCCUCCACCACCACCUCCUCCUGUGUCCUCCCCACUAUCCCCUCCACCGGCUGACGACUUCAUUCUUCCCCCACAUCUUGGCUUCGAGUACUCCUCCCCACCACCACCAAUGUUCCCAGGUUACUAAAUGGUUGGGCGCUCUCCUAUUAGUUAUACAAUCUUACAACCUACACCCACUUUUGUUAGUAGUUUGUAGUUAGUGAUACAAGCAGGGAUACAACAAAACACACUUACCUGCAGAUUGUAAAUCUCAUAUCCACAGCGGAAAGUGUUUGCAAUGUUCAUUUCCCCUGUUAAUAUUCUUGUAAUUUCUCUUUAACGUGUGUUGUGCAUGGACCAAAUCAGCCCUCCACCAUCAGCCCUUUGUCCGCUACGUCCUCAUGCAUGCGCGCGCCAGCUUCCAACUUGAAUUGCUCAGAGGGGACAUCAUCUGUAUAUCAUGUCAUCUUGUAGCAUAUCAAGGAAUUGGUUUUCUUUUUCAGUUUUAAUUUGGUUUACAAUCACAACAAAUUGUAACUAUUGUAGAAAGAGAGUAUGUGUUUGAUGGGAAUCAUGGGAUGGUAUCAAAAUCUU